UUAAGCUCAUACGGGGUUUUAUUAAUUGGGCCGUAAAUUUAUUUCAAUGUAGGAUGCUGAAGUUCAAGCUCUUCGGACAAAGGCUGAAGAUAUCCGAAAACGAGACUUACAGCAUUUAGCGGCUCAGAGGCUAGAAAUGUUGAAGCAGUUGUUUUUGAUGACAGAGAAUCAAGAACGUUACAUCGAAUAUAUCGAAAACUUCGACGUGUCUGCCGACAAUAUCGCCAAGCUAAACGAAUACCUUGACGAGCACAAGUUGAGACCAACCUCUUUCGAGAGCAUCCUACAAGAAUUAGACAACGCAUCCGACACAGCAAAUGCUGAUAUUCUUUCGCCUACGUACCUGGACGAUCCAAAGUCUGAUAAGCGACUUACGAAGCGAGUUCUGCCACCACCCGAACGUAUGGUUACAAGAGGAGUCAGCGGAGCUAUACGACACAGAAGUGUAGACGAAAUUCUCUCAGCUGCCGAGAAAUCUAUCGGAGUGUAUCCUUCGUCUGAUUACAUGUCCACCGACAACGGCAAGAUACCAAUAAUAUCUCUGUCAGGGGAAAAAUCCGUAGCAAAGCGAACGAAAACACCAGCAUCUCGAAAGGCUGACCUGUAUAACCCGUAUCCUAUCCAAACAUACAAUGGUAUCAAAUUACCAAAUCAGAGCACCAACCAAGGCAAUGGGCUAGAGUUAUAUGCAUAUCAUUUGAAGGUCAAUGCUCAACCACUUUACAAGUCAUUACAAACUGCGCGAAAAGUUCUGAUGACGCAGGAUUGGAAGGUUGGCAGAGAUGAAUUGAAGGCAUCAAGAGCUAUCCAAAAAAUCGAAGAGUCAAAACAGAACGGAUUGUGGAGUAUGAAACAGCACAAAAGGCACCGUGCUGUUGCGCGCACCAAAACUCAUUGGGAUUCACUUAUUGAUGAGAUGAAAUGGAUGCGAACGGAUUUCAAAGAGGAGCGCAAGUGGAAGAUAGCAACGGCAUAUAUGAUAUCCAGAGCUGUCAUGGAAUGGCAUUGGGCCGAUGAUAAGCAAUCUGUUUGUGUCAAGGCACGCCCACAUAUUCCAAUUGACGAACGCCAAGUGAUAGAUACUAUGGAGACAGAUGAGCCUAAAAUCGAGGGAUCAGCAGAUGUUACGCUUCUCGAAGCACUGAAAACAGAAGACCUUACUGACAAGGCCGAUUCAUUGUUAGCGGUGAAGGAGAGUGAUACGCCUACAACGACUUCGGCUAUGCCACCACCGCCAUCACCGAACUUGUGGAAUGAGUUUAAAACUUCUAUACUGAACCUUGAUAUUGACAAUCCUAUAUUCGUUCUACCUAUUGAUGCACUGGUUGACAUGGACCUUACUACCUUAUUCCCAGAGCUGCCAUUAUAUGAAGCUCCUCAACCAAACGACGCCGAUGCUUACAUUGAUGAAUUGGAAUACGGAAGAGUCGUACCUAUCACCAAGUUCAUAUCACAGAAAACAGUGAUUAAGAAGAAGUUGCCACCUACUCGUAAGCGAACAGCAGAAGAAGCUUUCAUGCAAGUGGACGCCGAUCAAGAGGAAGUUCCACAACUUCCAAAGCAUGACAAAUACGACACUGCUCAAUAUCUUUCCCCAUUGUUUGCAUUACGCAAAGUCAAGGAUACACCUGCCACCCAGCCGCCGACUCCACAACCGCCAAAUCCAGCCAUCAACAGACAUUCAGCAACUUGGUCGGACGAUGACGAUGUUUGCCUUAUCACCCUCAUUGUACAAUAUUCAUUUAAUUGGUCACUUAUAUGUGAUGCGUUCAAUUCCAUACGGCGACCGAUCACUGGUGAGCAGCGAACACCUUAUGAAUGUCAUGAACGAUGGCGACAGAAUAACCUCACGUCUCUAUCUGGUCAAAUCAAUGCUGCCUAUGCUAUCAAGAUGAAGCGAGACAACGCAAAGCGAGUGUCCAUUGUGAAAUUAGAUGGACCCAAGAAGCGUCAACGACAGUAUAAUAUUUUCGAAGCUAUUAAAAAGACCCAAGUCAAACGGGAGCAAGCACAGAAACCUAAUUCAUCGGCACCACCUCCGAGAUCAACGAUAGAAACGCAUGGUGUUGGGUUAAAUGGUCAACGACUGGCUACCCCGAUGGAAUUGAGCAUGGCAAAAGCUCAACGUGAUAGAUCGCUUGCACAGGCUUUGCUUGAAUCCAGGCAAUUGUCUGCUGCAUAUGGUCUUGCUGCUCAAAGAACACAUACUAUACAGCGUGCCAGCCAUCCAGGAGCCAUUCCAAUGCCACAUCCACAAUUACCAGGUCAGCCACGACCACCUGCAGCAGCCCAAGUCGCACGACCUAUGGCACCUACUUCACCUGGAAGUCAGCGACCAGCAGCCCCCGUUGCCAAUAUACCAAAUGCCAACAAUAUACAGCAGAUAAAUCAAUUCCCCCCGAAUGCUCAGCUGCAAUUGAUGCGACAACGACAAAUGCUACUAGCUGCUGCUGCCGCCGCCCGACCUCCUGCAUCAGCACCAUUACAGCAGUUUCCAAGUAUGAAGGAUUCUAUUCAAUGAAAAUAUUGAAAGUCCAAACUGAUAUCUAAUCCCUUGUCUCCUUUUCAUUAGAUAAUGCACAACAACAAUCCUCACCUGUACAACAAGCGCAAGCACAAGCGCAGACGCAGUCCCCUCAGAUCGGAAUGCAGUCCGCCGCAGCUACCAACACACUAUCGGUUGCAGCUCAGUUGGCUCAAAUGGGAUACCCUCUACCACAACUGGGAC